AUGGAUGUGCUUGAUCGGGUCCAAUCUGGUCUUCUCGUCCACGCCAGCGUCCUCAACUCUAUUCCGGCCAUUCCAAAGUCUCACAUUUCGUCCCACAGAGUCCUGCCCCCGAUCGAUUACGUCGAUAAUGCUUCAUUCAGCAUCCCGACCGCCUCUUCAUCUUCCAUAAACGAUCGCCCUACCCUUGAAGUCUCACUCCCGUUACUGAGUGUCUCGGCCAACGUGGACAUCCAGGGGAGACUGUGCACUACCACGGUGACGCAGCAAUUCUGCAACGCUUCCUCCUCGGUCUCACAAAAUGCGAAAUACGUCUUUCCCAUUUACGAUGGAUCGGUUGUCACCUCCUUCCGCUGCAGUAUCGGCAACGAGAGACUCCUCGAAGGAUCUGUGAAAGCCAAAGAAGCGGCAAGGAGAGAUUUUAAGCAAGCUGUCUCCCAACGCAAGGUCGCUGUGCUGGUUGAGGAACUGGUUCCGGAAGUUUUCGAAACGAGCGUAGGAAAUAUCCCUGCACAAACCACAGUUAAGAUUGAGAUCACGUAUGCCAACCUCCUGAAGGUGGAUAAUAGCACUGGAGGACUGGUUCUCACGAUCCCGACAUCUAUUGCGCCGCGAUACGGAAACGCGCCGGCAGGAUACAACGGAAAUCAAUCCAUUCUCACGGAAGGGUUGAGAAUAAAUGUUCAAGCAUCGAUGCCAGCAGCCAUCCGUAGGAUGGAGUCGCGAUCACACCCGAUCUCAGUCGAGAUGGGGGCAGUUUCCCAUAAAAGUUUCAAGGAUUUUGCAGAUGGUGCAUCUUCUGAGGUGCUUGAUUGCUCCAAGGGACGGGCAACGUUAUCGGACAGGGAGCCCAUUCUUCAUCAAGAUUUUGUCUUACUCGUCCUGUGUAAUUCUCGCGAACUUUCGCAGUCACAGGCUAUUGCUGUGGCGCAGCCUGGUCAGCCCGCUCACUCCACGAUUGCCGUCACCAUCCAUCCCGGGGAUAUAUUGCGUCAAAAUGUCUACGUGGAGGAUUUUGUCGGCGAAAUUAUCUUCAUGGCGGAUCGAUCAGGGUCGAUGGAGUCCAAGAUCUCCUCUCUUAUCAAUGUCAUGAAUAUAUUUAUACGGAGUCUCCCUGAAGCAUGUUCGUUCAACAUCGCCUCCUUUGGUUCCGAAGUCACGUGGUUAUGGCCUUGUUCGAAGAGAUACAGCCAAGAAAACUUGGACGUUGCCUCGAAACACGUGGAUUCAUUCCGGGCAAACUACGGUGGUACGAAUAUUUAUUGCGCACUGGAGAGUGUUCUGGAUCAUUUCAACAAGCAGGAUGACGUACCAACCAAUGUGAUUUUGUUGACUGACGGCGAGGUUUGGGAUGUCGACAAUGUGAUACAACUAGUGCGCAGAACGGUCUCAAUGAAUGGAUCGAAUAUUAGAUUUUUCUCCUUAGGAAUUGGAGAUCGAGUCUCACAUCGCCUGGUCGAGGGCAUAGGGCUGCAAGGAGGCGGAUAUGCAGAGGUUGUGCCAGAGUCCUCGAUGGGUUCGUGGCAGGAAAGAGUGAUACAAAUGUUGAAGGCAGCGUUGUCACCAUCUCGCCUUCAGUGCAAUGUAGAUCUUGGCCAGGAUCCUACCGUGAAGACAUCUGAGCGGCAGAUUGCCGGGUAUAGAGUGCAGCGCCCAGAGGUAGUUCGGGCUCCGCACCAUAUCCCUGUCCUGAAUGCCUCCUCACAUUUCACUCUCUACUAUAUGCUGGAGAGUGGAUUAGACUCGUUGCCCAAAUUUAUCAGUUUAACCGCGACAACAGGGAAGGGAGAGAAGCUCACAGCAAGGCUGCCAAUUCAGGCGGUAGCUGAACAAUCUGCCAUUCACCAUCUUGCGGCGAAAGCAUUGAUGAACGACUAUGAAACCGGACAAAGCUGGCUGCAUUCGCUCAAUCCAACCCUCCAGACCUCCAAUCCAACAGGAUUUGGAAAGGUUCUUGAGCAGGAAGCACAGCACCUCGGGCUGAGAUGGUCCGUACCUGGAAAAUGGACAAGCUACGUGGCUAUUGAUCGUACCACGGCCCAGCAACACGCCAUAUCGCUUCAUAAAGCGGAUGCCAUCGAAGUCUCCCAAUUGACCAAGCCACGGCAUACUUUUACCCAUACGCGGCUGGGCCCGAUCCACACGCAAAGCGCUUAUGGUUAUGGCGAAUAUGGUGCCUUUCGUUCGUUGAGAUUGGGAGAGCAGCGACAUCCCUCUCCUCCCUCUCCCCGGCAUCCCUCUCGUCCCGUUCCCUGGUGUGCCCCCCCUCCCUCUCCCCGGCAUCCCCAUCCUUCCUCUCCUCGGCAUGACCCUCCUUCCUCUCCCCAGACUCCCCAGACACCUCAGCACAUGAACACUUUCAAUAAGUUCAGAGCAAGUGCAAUCGCGCGCGCGCCGGAUCAGUUGAUGAGGGCCCCUGCCCGUCAAUUUAUGGUACAGCCCAGUCUAGACCAGACGCAGCAGACCUUCCAUGAUCUCAGCACCCCUGUUGGUUCUUUUGCACUCAAUCUUGACUCCGGCACUCUGGAUAGCUCUGAUAUUCUGCAGAGCUUCGACUUUGACGCGUUCCUCAACACUGAUGGAAAUGAUUCCUCGUUCCUGGAUAACCCAACGACAGGUCGUUGCCCUCCCGUUACGGUCCAAAACGGCGCCAUGGAUAAGAGAUUCUCAAGGUCAAAUGAGUCCCUUGAGGCCGGGGACAGGGACAAUGAAACAACUGCGACUUGCAAUGAUCCCGACAAGAGCAAUUUUGCACUGAAGUGGUGUCCCCAACUAAGGCCACCCGCCAAGCGACUUGCCGGCUAUCCAGCCAAUCGAAUUGAGUGGACAACAGGAUCCGAAUAUGACAGUAACAUGGCGACUCCUCAAGACGCAUCUUCCAAACUGGAUGAAGAUACUUGUUUGUCUAGCGAGACACCGCCGUCAGACUUCCCUGCCCUGGAGACGAUCCUCCGCAUGCAACAGGCGGACGGCAGAUUCGCCUUCCUCGGGCUCUUUUUCAUAAAGGUUCUCAGAGAGAAAUACGAUAGCAACGCCCUUGAAAAGUUUCUCAACUCUAAAUUCGAUCGACAAUCACACCCCACGAGGUGCCGUCUCACUGAACUGGAACUGACCUACAAUAUUCUUAUAGUCGUUUAUAUCACUCAUGAGCAUGCACCUUCAAAAGCACUCUGGGAACUCCAGGUAGCAAAGGGGAAGCAAUGGAUCAAGCGGACGAUCAUAGAAUUGUUGAAGGAGAGUUGUGGUUCGGGGGAAGUACCGGAUUCGUCGCUGGAGGAAUUAGGAGAGUCAAUUUUUGAGGAGAUGCAGACACAAGUGUUGCGGGAGACUUAA